AUGACUUCAACGUUUUUAACAGGCGUACUGUGCCUGUCGUUGGUGUUAAUCCAACAGGUAUACGGAGAAUGUUCACCAGAAUUCUUUGCCAGGAGUAUACGAUAUGAUCAAGCUGUUGCGAUAGAUUUUUAUUAUACAGGGAUCAACUUAGCUUCCGUGAAUGAAUGCGCCACCUUCUGUUCGCAACGUGAAUUUUGUCGAAGUGCUGUCUACAACAGUAGAACAAAGACAUGUGGAAUUUCGUAUGAGUAUACUGUGGCCUGUGCUUCUAGAACUCAAAGAUACAAGGAGUAUAAGUUGGAAGAGGGGCAAGGAACUGACUUGGUGCAGAUCGCUUGUGUGGAUGAUUGUAGAAAUCGGGAGGAGAAAGAUACGGAUAAAAAGGAGAAAAAAGUUCCAGUCGGAAUCAUCACCGGCGAACCAAACGACGGUCAUCCAAAAGACACAUCAUCAUCGGGCAACAGUGUGAUCACCGAUCCACUAACAACACCCUCUGUUUCCAAGUUAUCAUCCACUUCCACUUCAUCCAGCAACUUGGAAACGGAACGUCCACGCGCCGAAGGAUACGUCACUCGUCUCAUUCUCGCCAACAUCAGCAGUCUCCGAGACGGUGGAACUGGAUCGGUUGAACCUCUCACUCUACAACAAAAUGACGCAAGUGUCGCAAAGGGAGGGAAAGGAGGGGAUGGUAAAAAAGGCAAGGGACCAGUGUGCUACCGUACCAUCCGUCAUCGUUACCUUUUGGGAGCCGACUUUGAAGAACACGACGUCGAUUCUGUAAAUGAUUGUAGAUGUCUCUGUGCUGCAACCCAUCAACCCAGUAACAAGAAACACAAGUGCCUCUCUUUCCAAUUCAGAAACAAAACUUGCACUUUGAAUAAGGGAAACCAUUUGGGACAAUACGAUUUGAUUGAGCAGCGUAAGACAUUGUACCAGUAUGUUGGUUGUGAUCCAGAGAUCCUCCUCGAAACUGCCUCGUCGAAGUGUCCAAACUUCAAGACCGGAUCCAAAUCUGCUGAUGAGAAGAAGGAAGAAGAGAGAAAGAAAGAAACUACUACUAAAAAACCAAAAGUAGAGUUAGUGACAGCUAAGACUGUGGAAGGUGAAAAAAAGAAGAAGGCCACCGCCACCAAAAAGCCAGCAGCCACCAAAAAGACUACCACAAAGGCUCCAACCACUACCACUGAGCAACCCACGACUACCAAGGAGCCAUCAACCACUGCGGUCCCAGAAAAGAAGUCGAGACCAACUGGAAAUGAUGUUGGAGAAGAGAAUACUGUAGAGACUAAACCAAAGGAAAUGGUUAUUAAGCGUGAUGGCUGCUUCGAAGUAAUUGAUGAUCAUCUUAUGGUUAGUGUCGCUGGAGGUCUUGAACAUGAUGUGACUAUCGAGGAGUGUCAAUGCAUGUGUGCCAACAGCAAAAAAUCCGGACGAUACGAGUUCCAAUGCAGAUCUGCUACUUACUACCACACAGAAAAAGAUUGUAUCCUCAACUUGGAGGACAGAAACAUGAAGAGUAAGCUUUUCGAGAGACAAUUCAUUAGUCUCAACGUGUCCUACAUCGGAAUGUCUUGUGAAAUCGAUGAGACGGUGACGAGUUUGGGAUCAUUGGCUACUAGUGGUUGUAGAAGACAGCAAGAAACUACGACUGGAGAACCAGCUAAAGAGCUGUCGACAAAGAAAAAUGGAUUGAAAUCCGAUGAAUGUUAUGUUGAACUCAAUGACUUCGUGUUAGAGGGAACCGCGAUUGCAGUAGAGACUGCAGUUACUCCAGAGGAAUGUAAAUGCAAAUGUGCUGAAGGUCAAAAGCUAUACGGAGAGGAGUGUGCAUCUUUCUUGUACUAUUAUGAUAGCAAAACCUGUCUUAUUAACAAACAGAACAGAUUCUCCAAUCCUGAAAAAUUCAACUUCGUGCCAAGCAUCAACCAAUCAAGAAGUUACUUCGAGUGGACUUGUGCUAACAAAGAUGAAGCCAGACAUAAGUAUCGUGCUGAUGUCUGUAAAGUAGAGCCAGAGACAGUAGAGGGCAACUUGUUGAACAACGAGAGUGACCCAGUUGAAGUCAAGCAAGACGAGAAGAUGGCAGAGGAAACCGGAAGGAUGAAAAGAUUGGAUGAGAAGGAGUUCUUGGACAAGCUUGACAAAGUUGUAGAAUCUCAGGAAGUAAUUGAGAAGAAACCAAAGGUCACCACUAAGAAGUCUGAACAUAUUUUGGACACUGAGGAGGUUCUGAAGAAGAUUGAGAAGGUUGAAGCAACUUCUACUACAGAAGCUGCUACAACCACGGAGGAACCCACAACUACAACUGAAAAAGCUACAACCACUACGGAGGAGGUCACAACGACUACUGAAGAGGUGACAACUCCGAAGAAAGAAGAAGUGAAAAUGAAGCCGAUGGAUGAGAAAUCUUUAAUGGAGAAGAUCAAUCAAGCAGUAGAAAAACUUGAAGAGUCUCGGGAAGUUACAGAAACUGCAACGGAAGAGCCAGUGACAACCACAACUGCAAAGUUGAUCUUGAAUACUAAAAAGAGUUCAUUGAAGGAAGUCAAAAAGACAGUUACAACUGAUUUGGAUAAUCACAAGAAUGAGACUAUUUCUAUGAAGAAAACCGACCAGAAAACUAUUGAAACCUUGCUCAAAGCUAAAGUCACCGAAGGGUCUAACAUUGAUUCUGCAGAGCAAGAGAAACUUGUCACAGACCCAAAGCACGUCCAGAUGAAGAAAGUGCAAGCUCAAGUUUUGGAGAAACUCGCUCAAAUGAAAAUCACUGAGUCUUCAGCUACAGAAACCUCUAUUCCAGCUAUCCUAGAGAGCGAAACCGAGAGCACAUCUUCAGAAGUAACAACACAAGCAAAUAAGGUUUCUAGAAAAUCAAGCAUUCCGGAAGCAGAAGGACUCGAAGAUGAUGAAGUGGAAGACCACAUUGGAGAUGAGCUUUCAACGGGAUUGGAUGAUGAACCAACUAGUGAACCAGCACCAGAAAGCACGAUUCCAGUUACGUCGACAACUGAGAAAGUUGUUACUACAACUACAUCAAAAGCAAAAGCCAGUGGAGUGAAGACUCACAAGUUUGACGAAAAAGUUGAUAAGAGUGGAAUGCCACUCCCAAGAACCACCACCACUACUGAAGAACCUACAACUACCGCUGGUUAUCCACCAGCCGGAAGAUGCUCAUAUUCGGCUCUCUACCAAACAUCUUUCCUGGGACGUCGUCUAUUGAAAGCUGUUCGUGUGAAGACCCCAGCAGAUUGUUUCGCUGCCUGUUAUGCAUUAAGAUGUAGAUCAGCAAAUUUGAUUGCUCAAGGAGAAUUCAAUAGCUGUGAACUUUACCGUGACUCGCUCAUUGACUACCGCCGUCCUGACAUGAUUGGUUAUGAUGCUUCUACAGUAUACUUUGAUGGAAUCAACUGUGAUGGAACCCCAUAA